AUGGCCCAGGGCGCGCUGACCUUCGGGGACGUGGCCGUGGACUUCUCGCCGGAGGAGUGGGCGCGCCUGCGGCCCGCGCAGCGCGAGCUGUACCGGCGCGUGACGCUGGAGACCUACGGGCACCUGGUGGCCCUGGGUCUCGGCGCCGCCAAGCCGGACGUGGUGUCGCUGCUGGAGCAGGGCCGGGAGCCCUGGCGCGGGCGCGGCGCGGGCGCCGGUGCAGUUUCAGAGUCAGAUGAAGAGGUCAAAGCGUUUCCUCCAAGUGAUGUCCUGUAUGAAGGUGACUCAUCCCCGUAUCUGUUGAUGGAAGGAAUCCUAAGCCGAGACCCCGAGUAUUCUGGUUUUACAGUCGGCUGGAAAUGCGAGGAUGAUCCAGAGCUGCUUCAAGGAAGUCAGGGAUGUAUCGGGCAAGUGACGGUUCCCCAUCAAGCCCUGUCGCAACAUCUGAGCAUCAGUACUGUGGAGAGGCCCUAUGGAUGCCAUGAGUGUGGAAAGACAUUUAGUCGGCGCUUUUCCCUCGUGUUGCACCAGAGGACUCACACCGGAGAGAAACCGUAUGUGUGUAAGGAAUGUGGCAAGACCUUUAGCCAGAUCUCAAACCUUGUGAAACAUCAGAUGAUACAUACUGAGAAGAAACCCCACGAGUGUAAGGACUGCAACAAAACAUUCAGUUACCCUUCCUUCCUCAUUGAACACCAGAGGACACACACUGGGGAGAAACCCUACGAAUGUACUGAGUGUGGAAAGGCCUUUAGCCGUGCCUCGAACCUCACUCGACAUCAGAGAAUUCACAUAGGAGAGAAACAGUACCUGUGUAGGAAAUGUGGGAAAGCCUUCAGCCGUGGCUCAGAGCUCAUUCGCCAUCAGGUUACACAUACCGGAGAGAAACCUUAUGAGUGCAUCGAGUGUGGGAAGGCCUUCCGACGUUCUUCACACCUUACCCGGCACCAGAGCAUUCAUACCGCCAGAACCCCCUAUGAAUGCAGCGAAUGCAGGAAAGCCUUCCGCUGCCACUCGUUCCUCAUCAAACAUCAGAGAAUUCACGCUGGAGAGAAGCUCUAUGAAUGUGACGAAUGUGGCAAGGUUUUCACAUGGCACGCAUCGCUCACGCAACAUAGGAAAAUUCACGCCGGUGAGAAACCCUACGCUUGCGCCGAGUGCGACAAAACCUUCAGUCGGAGCUUUUCCCUUAUUCUCCAUCAGGUCACUCACACGGGGGAGAAACCCUACGUGUGUAAGGUGUGCGGCAAACCCUUCAGCUGCAGCUCGAAUCUGGCUAAACAUCAGAGAACACAUGCCCUGGAGGGCCCCUUCGGCUGGGGCGGCCCCUUUAGCUGCCAUGCGGUCCUCGCCGAGCACCGGGGGUCCGCACCGUAGAGAAGACCUAAGGGUGCGCGCGUUUCCGUUUUUGAAGCAGCUCAUGCCUUACUUUGACUUCAGAGGACUCUUGAAAAGCAAGAAGCCUUUGUGGAAGUGACGAGACGUGGUUCAUACUUCACUCAGUGUCCCGGGAGCAGAUCCCGGGAGGAUGUGCGGAAAGCCAUUAAUGACUGCUCGUUCUCUUUGUAGUACCCGAAGUUGAAAUCAGUCAGUGUUUAGAGGACUGCCUGGUAGGAUUCUCUUGAUCUACAGUUGUAAAAUUUACCAGGAAGGGGCACAUAUCCAAUGUGAUAAAGCUUUAAAUUAGAAAUUAGACCACAUUUUGCAUUUGUAAGUUCAGUCAGGAUAGAAUGCACUGGCGAGGGUGCAUUUUUUCCUGGACAUCAGAAAAUUCGUACUGAAGUAAAGACAUACAAUGAUUAGGGAAUGCUUUCAUGUACCUUGCAAUAUUUAUUAAAAUUUUAAAUGCUUUUACAUAUGUUCCUGGGAGAAAAAACAAUGCCGCAAAUAAAUGGAGUAAGGGGUGACAUUGCAGUAUUUCAGACCUGCAGAAUUAUACUUGUUAGACGCUAACAUUGUAAUGGGUGUGGCAAAAAAGGUCUGAGAAGUCAUACUGGAGGGCGGCUGUGUGGGGGAAACUUUUUGAGGUGGGGUGUUUUGCUUUUGUCUAAGGUAAAUUCACAGAAGAUAGCUAUGAAUAAAUCUUUUGGUUUAUAGUAAGCUAAUCUGGUACUUGCUGAGUUUCCCCCCACAGCAUGUGUGAGUCUCAAAAUACAGCUACUACCAAUAUUGACAUCAAUAAUGAGGUGACGUGUGCUUUUGUAGAAAUAUUCAAACGCAAUUAUAGAAACAUUUUUAUGUAUCUUAGGAGUUUACCUUUAAGAUAGUUUGUGUUUUAGGUUUUGCUAGCUCAUGUUAUCCUUGAAUCUGAUGAGACAAUUCUUAGUCUGAAAUAAAUGGACAGAAGGCACAUCACAGGAAAAUGCCAAGGCGUUUCCCCCUACUGUUCCAUUUACAGUGAGAACACUUCUCUUGCAAGCACAUAUUUAAAAUUACUCUGGGGUUAGCUGCCUGACAAAGCUUGUGCCGUCAGGGUGAGUUUGCUUAGAUCCUGAAGGUAAGCAAUUUUGUAGAAAGAGAAAUAGGUAAUAUGGGUAAGAGCUACUUUAUUGUAUCAUCUACUAUAUUGUAGAUGCUACUUUGAGGGCAUAUUUGAGGAAGGUGGUUUUAGGUAAAUAGCUCCUAUUGUAUUUUUUUUUAAAAAAGAUUUAUUUUUAUUUUAUUUAUACAAGAACCGGGGUGCAGGCCAUAUGUGCUGGAGGGUGAGAGGUUUCACCAGAGACAGAGCGGGGAACAGAACAGGCAGACUGACCGAAAUACACUGCUGAGGGGAGCAGCGGGUGAGACAGGAGAGGUCUGCUGCACCACAUGGAUUGCUCUGUGGCUGAUGGGGAUUGAACAGGCACUGCAGAGACUGCAGACAGCUUCACAGCGCUGUGCUCAACCGCCUGCGCCACCAGGGAGACCCUAUUUCAUUUUUUUUUUUUUUAAAGAUUCAUUUACUUAUGCAUACAAGAACUGGGGUACAGGCCAGAGGUGUGGAAGGUGAGAGGACUCACCAGAGACAGAGUGGGGAACAGAACAGGCAUAUCGACUGAAACACACUGCUGAGGGGAGCAGCAGGGAGACAGGAGAGGUCUGCUGCACCAUGUGGGUAGCUCCCAGGCCGGGGAUCGAACUUGUGCUGCAUUGGCUGCUGAUAGCCUCACAGGUUGUGUUUUAACUCCUUGCGCCACCAGGGAGGCCCCCUAUUUCAUUUUGAAAGGUGGAAUUUAUAAGAGUUUUCGUCUCAACGAGCCUUACCUACAUGUGCCAGAGGUCUAAUGUUUUGUUGCAAGGGCUGUAAUUUCUCAAACCGGCCUUCAGGUGUGAUGUUUACUCACCUGUUUUGAAGCUUCCAGCUUUCCCUAAGAGUGGCUGAGGCGGUUGAUCUGAGAACAGCCUGCAGCCUGGCUGAGGCGCUGAGAAGUGUGCCAUCUUCCACAUGGGCCUCAGUCUCUGGCUUGGUUUUCUAGCGUGACAGUGGUUUACACAGGGGUGAAAAUGUUACUCUGUGCUGUCAGCAGCAUUAGGGAGAACAUGGACAUCUCCUGACCCUAAAUGUCUGUUUUCUGGUGUACUAGGUGUCAUCACCUUACGUACCAGACCCACACGCCACCCUGCGCUCACAGGUUGCCUGUGUGUGCAGCAGCAGAGGUUGUCAUAUAUUUGUACUAUUUUUUAUACAAACAUCGUCAUGCGCAAUUGUAAAUAAAAAAUCAAUAUAUUAAACACCUCCCGACAUGUCAAUAAACAUAAUUACAUUUUAG